AUGUCUCCCCCCUCUUUGCUGUCCUGUGUGGACAUGUCUCCCCCCUCUGUUAUCCUGUGUGGACAUGUCUCCCCCCUCUCUGUUGUCUGUGUGGACAUGUCUCCUCCCUCUCUGCUGUCCUGUGUGGACAUGUCUCCCCCCUCUCUGUUGUCUGUGUGGACAUGUCUCCCCCUCUCUGCUGUCUGUGUGGACAUGUCUCCCCCCUCUCUGCUGUCUGUGUGGACAUGUCUCCCCCCUCUCUGUUGUCUGUGUGCUGACCCUGUGUCCUGCUCCACAGGUGCUCACCCUGUGUCCUGUUCCACAGGUGCUCACCCUGUGUUCUGUUCCACAGGUGCUGACCCUGUGUCCUGUUCCACAGGUGUUGACUGUGUGUCCACAGGUGCUCACCCUGUGUAUUGCUCCACAGGUGCUGACCCUGUGUCCUGCUCCACAGGUGCUGACCCUGUGUAUUGCUCCACAGUAGCUGACCCUGUAUCCACAGGUGUGACCCCCUCUUCCCUGGAGCGACCCCCCACAGCAGGAGCUCUGGAGCCCAGGCGGUCCAGUAUGGAUGUGCCCCGGAUGGCUGAGGGCCUGUUCAGCAGCACGCUCUCAGGGGCCUCGGGGGGACACCAUGUGACCUCGUACUUGACGCUGGAGCAGAAGGCGGCCUUCGUCUUCGUGCUGCUGCUCUUCAUCUUCCUGGCGCUCCUCAUCGUCAGGUGUUUCCGGAUCCUGCUGGACCCGUACCGCAGCAUGCCGUCCUCCAACUGGACUGACCACACGGAGAAGGACACCUUCGACUACCGCAUCGUAGGUCUCUGUGGUGGGACAGAGAUCUCUGUGGGACAGAGGUCUCUGUGGUGGGACAGAGGUCUCUGUGGGACUGAGGUCUCUGUGGGACAGAGGUCUCUGUGGUGGGACAGAGGUCUCUGUGGUGGGACAGAGGUUCUGUGGUGGGACAGAGGUCUCUGUGGUGGGACAGAGGUUCUGUGGUGGGACAGAGGUCUCUGUGGUGGGACAGAGGUUCUGUGGCUGCCUCUCCAGGUUGUGGUUGUGGUUGUGGUUGUGGGUUCAAUCUCUCGUUGUGUGUCGGAGUCCGUCCUUAGAUGUCAAAGACCAAAAGAGGAGACUGUGCCUCGGUGUCUGUGGAAGGACACAGCUGGGGUGGUGGAGACGCCUGAAGGACCGUCCCACUGCCGCCGUCUCGCCACCGUCACCGAGACGUCAUGUGAAAAAAAAAGAGGAUACAAAAAUCAGACCUGGGUCCACAUGGUCCCAGCACGAGUUCCUCCCGAAAACCCCGUGCUGUCUCCACAGAGAUACACCCAUCCUGCGUCUCAAUUCCUCCUACAGCACUCCAUUUCAUCUCUGGGUCCGAGGUCUCGUCUCUUAUGUCCGUCCAGGGUACCUUCACUCUUCCUGCUCUCUCCCACCCCGCGUAUCUCUGGGCGGGUCGUGCGUGCCCGCUCACGAGGGCAAGUGGCCGUCCUCAUCCUCUUCUCAUCUCUCCCUCCGAUUCGAGCUAGAGGGGGGGGGGAGAGGGUUCACACAUGCAUGCCCUCUCCCCUUCUCGUCUUUCCCUCCAUCUACGUCUCAUCGGUCUUCUUUCGAUCUCGACUCAAUUGGGACAGCCACGAAGCAGUUAGUUCGGCGAGAACUCACUUCGAUAUCUCUCCAAUCCUGAAGGAUGCCGACACAGCCCUUUAUCCUCCCUCUUCCGUCCUCACAGCCCCUCGGAGCAAGUUCGUUGAAGAAUACAUGCAAUCUUGUCCCCUUCACGUCGUGUCCAUCAACCAGAGGUCAACAAUACCCAGGAGCUACCUCCGCGGAACAACCGGCGCGAACACGUUGGUCGCGUGA